UGUCAGUCAGUGCCAGGCUGCUGUCGAAACUCCAGAGAGAGGGAGAUGUCAGAGGCUGAGCUGCUCCCUCCCUUCAGUAGCAUUAGUGGGGUUCAGCAGCCAGCAUGGCCACAGCUGCCUCCAGCCCCUACACCCUGCUCAGCUCCAGUCCCAUGAUCCACCCGGACAGCCAGGCCAUGCAGCCUGCUAGCCCCUACAGAGGACACCAGAAACUCCUCCAGAGUGACUACCUGCAGAGCGUCCAGAGCAACGGACACCCCCUCGGGCACCAGUGGGCGAGCAGCCUGUCGGAGGGCAGCCCCUGGUCGGCCUCCAUGGAGCAGCAGGACGUGAAACCAGGCCGAGAGGACCUGCAGCUCGGCAUCAUCCAUCACCGCUCCCCGCACGUAGCGCAUCACUCCCCUCAUCACAACAACCAUGGCAACCACCCGGGAGCCUGGGGGACUCCGGUGUCCCACAACUCCUCCAUCACCAGCGGGCAGCAGAUCAACAUCUACUCCCAGACGGGCUUCACUGUCAACGGCAUGUUGGACCACGGUGGUCUCACACCUCCACCCAACCCGCAGGGCCAAGGCAUGCACCCGGGCCUCAGGGACACACUCAGCCCCGAGCACAGUGACCUCGGCGGGCACCACUGCCACGACCACUCCGACGAGGAGACGCCGACUUCGGACGAGCUGGAGCACUUUGCCAAGCAGUUCAAGCAGCGGAGAAUCAAGCUGGGCUUUACGCAGGCGGACGUGGGUUUGGCUCUGGGCACGCUGUACGGUAACGUCUUUUCCCAAACUACCAUCUGCAGGUUCGAGGCGCUGCAGCUGAGCUUUAAAAACAUGUGCAAACUAAAGCCGCUGCUGAACAAGUGGCUGGAGGAGGCAGACUCGUCCACAGGCAGCGCUAGCAGUAUAGACAAGAUAGCAGCUCAGGGGAGGAAGAGGAAGAAGCGGACGUCCAUCGAGGUGAGCGUGAAGGGAGUUCUGGAGACGCACUUUCUCAAGUGUCCCAAACCGUCCGCGCCGGAGAUCACGUCGCUGGCGGACACGCUGCAGCUGGAGAAGGAGGUGGUGCGCGUUUGGUUCUGCAACCGGCGACAGAAGGAGAAGCGCAUGACGCCGCCCGGCGAGCCUCCGCCACACGAGGGACCGUAUUCUCACAGCGGGAGCGCGGGAGACGCCUCGUCGUGCCACGAUCUCUGACCGAAGGAGAAAUCCCCUCCGAUCCUCGGCACGGACUCUCUGAGCGCAGGGACGCAGCAGCAGGAGAAGCGGCGGCGGCGGCACCUUCCAGCCUCCGCGCCCUCGUCCCGGUACAGACUCCUCCAGAUGCCUCCAGCACUGAAAACAAUAACAGAGAUACCUGUUCAGCCUUCGUCAUUUUCUAACUGUCAUGAGGGCAUUAUUCUAUAGCGGCAUAUCAACCGUCACAUUUCACCUUUGGAGCCCGACACUUUGUUUUUUCUACAUCAGCGGAUAUAAAUACAAAAAUGUGCCUAAUAACCUGCCAGCGCCUUUGGUUUGUGUCACCAUUUUCCAUCAGCUCUAUAAUAACGAUAAGAUGGGACUGAUGUUUUUUGUUUUUAGUAUUUUUCUGGGCUCUCCUCUCACACGCUGUGCUUCUGUUAUAUGAUCAGUGGCGUGAAACAAAUAAUAUCACUUUUCCUAAUUGAUUUGUCGCAGCAGCACCAGAGGCCAUUUUUUCUUUAUUAUUAUUAUUAUUUUACAGUCCACCUCACGCUUCCUUCGGGCUUCUUUUAGUUCUCACCAUAUUUACAUUCAUUAUUUUGUAACGUAGCAGAUCUGUAAUUAUUGUUUUUUUCAUAUGCAAAUAUAGGCCCUCAUUUCCAGUUGUAGAGGUAUUUGCUACCAACAUAAUAGCACUUGGAGGAUUUUUUUUUAAUUAUUUGGAUUAAAUUCCUCCCUCAUGGCCUGCAGCUUAGGAAGCCACACACAGUUACAGCUAUUUAUUAAUCCAUUUAUUUUUGAUUUUUCCCCCAAUCAUCUUCGACCAUACAAACUGUGUGGACUCUGAAACAGAGCCGAGAAAUAGAAAAAAGGAGAAAGGAGGGGGGCGACGCUAUACACCUGCCUAUAAUUUUAAUGUACGUUCAGUAUCAAAAUUUUAUAAUCUUAAAUACUCCUGUUAUUUGGUUUAUUUCUUAAGUAUUUUUUCGAAUAUUGUACAGUUUUAUAUAUUACCCUUUUGAAGUCAUUAAUUUAAACAAAUGCUCUUAGUUAUUCAUGCACUUAAUUAGCAAUGUUAAAAAAAUACACAAACAAACAAAAAAAUAUUUUCAGUAAGAUUGAACUGUUUCGGCGGUUUUAUUCCAAAUUUCGAUGACAGCUCAAGUAAUUAUUUAUUUUCAGUAUAAAGCUUGUAUUAUGUUUUGAAAUAAACUAUGUAUGUUGUAAUAAACCAUUUCUUGCUACAACUGGUCACUGUCUAAAACAGAACUUCUGAGGAUUUAAUAGUGAAGAUUCAGAAGCAUAGGAGCAGGUUUAAAGACACAGAAAAUAUUAUUAUAGGAAAAGCAAUAAUUAAAAUUCAGUGAAAUAACUUUUUUGUGCUUUCAAAUUUUUCAACACCAUUUUAAAGUUUCUUUAAUAGUUCAACCUAAACUUGUGUCAAAUCAGCCAGAAGUUGGAUCAUUUUCUGCCCCCUGUGCAGUAGGAAAUCUAUUCUAAAGCAGCAUAACCUUCACCCAGCUUCAAUGUCAUGUCAAAAGGCAACUUUUUUUGGCAAUUUUUCAUGUCACCAACAGCUGUAACGUGUCCAGCGGGUUCAACAGGACCUUGGAUCACAGCAAACUGAGACACUUUCUCCAGCAGUUCCACUGAAAUGUUAUUGUCCGGGCCCUCUGCCCUCCUCAAUCAGACAUGCGUGAUUUAUCGCCUGGGCCGCUGGGCCUGACAGCAAAACACAAUGACACACACACACACUCAGACACACACAAUCAGAAGCAGAUGAAUCUCAUUUCAAAGCUGUGUAUAAUUGGCCGUGCUGGGGCAAAAUAGAGCUGCAUUCCCCUUAAAAAAAACAUCAUAAUGCCUAAAAAUAAUUUAGGGAUGGUUUAGAAAUAAGUCGGGCUGUAGAUGCAGCACUGCUUAAAUGAUUCAAAAAUAGAUCUGGAGAGGGAAGGAGAAGGAGGAGAGAGGCGGAAGGGUGCUAUAGGCCUUGCCUUGAAAUGGAGAGCCUGACUGGAAUACUAAUGUGUCUGAAUUUAUGCAUCUCCUCAGUCUGCAGCCCAGAGAGAGAGGGGGGUUGGGGAGACCGAGGGAGGGAGGGAGGGAGAGAAAAAGGGUGUGAGGGUGGAGGUGAAAGGGGGUGGUUAUGUAGACGAAGAGAAAAGUAAAACCAUGGCUGAUUGAUUCCAUCCAUCUAUUUUAGUUCGAAAUAAUCCCCUGAUUUCAGGACGGGGAGGGUUGAGAAAAGAGGAAGAAAAAAAAGAGAAGGAAAGAAAAAGAGAUGACCCUGGAAGGGAGAAGAGCCAGAAGCCGAGCAAACAAGCAAAGCAAGCCAAGGUCCAGAGCAGCACUGCAGUAUCCUUGAGCCUCUUUCGCCUCCUACUUCUUCGCCAUCCAAACGUGUCUUUAAAGAGUAACUGACACCAUACAGAAAUAACUCACCAGUGGAAAAAUGAUUGACUUGGGGAAAAUGUGAAAAAGACAGUGAGGGGGGGGGGACACAUAACAGGUGCAAGAUGAAAGCACACUUCAGAGGCGUUAAUUGAUGAACUUCAGGUAAUUAUUUUUUGCCCCCCCAAAAAUGCUCCAGGUUAGACGACUUCGACUUUGCACUCCAGCAGAUAAUUGAGGCUGUGAAUCAGAUCCUGAGUGACUGAUGAUCAGACAGGACGGCCACAAUGGAGCAGCAGAAGUAGUGACUGGUGUGGUGGCAGUUUGGAGGCUGAGCCGACUUGUUUACUGGCAGGAAGGAUAAUGGCAGCGGCUGACUCACACCUUGUUCAUAAUUACAUCUCAUCUCCAACCUUCUGUUACUCUUUGAAUCUAUUCUGUAUCUUGUUUCAAAGACUUUGGCUGGAAGUUAAGCUGGCAAAAGUGUAAAAAAACAACAACAAAAAACAACAAUGGUCACCAAAUUCUUCUAAAUAAAUUGUUUUCCAAA